UCAGACACACACACAAAUGUACUGAAUCACACGUAGAUUAUAGAUCGGAUAAUAAAUUGUUUGCUGUAUCUUUUAUUUGUUGCAAUACGAAUUGAAUAGUGCGUUUCCAAAUUUCCAAUUAUAACACACACAUUUCGAGACCAUGACCAAGUCGAAGGGCGGCCCGUCCACCAUCAAGAAGCGGCUGGAGCAGCAGGUGGCGCUGCUGCGGCGGGAGCUGGAAACAGCGAAGACGGACCAGAGCGACAUUUGCCGUAAGUAUGCGACAACGGUGCGAAAGCAGGCAGGUGGCGCCCGGGAGGGCAAGGAAUCGCUGAUGCUGAAGCAGCGCAUAAAGCUGUUGGAGAAGGAGAAUCACGAGAAGGAUCAGUACAUAGCCCAACUGGAGGAGCAGAUCGAGAAGAUGCCUGCACAGUACGAGAACAGGAUGAUGGAGCUGUGGAAGAAAGCCACGCUUGCAGAAAAGGAACUGAACAAGGUGUACCAGAACAUGCGCAGCAUUAAGGACGAGGUCAAGGAGGUGGAUCAACUCAGGGACAGUGUGGCUGUCCUCAAGGCGCGAGUGGAGCGUCGCGACUUCAUCAUUGCCCACUACGAGGCGCGGAACUCGAACAGCAUCAAGGUUGUCCAGGAUCUGAACAAGCCUGAGGCACGCCAUAGAAAAAGCCACACCAGCUCCCACGCAUCGAGGCAAAUUGUUCUGCCCAGCAAACGACACAACACGCCCGAGCCAACGGGUGUGCCAGCAGAGUCGGAAACUAAACCCCUGGGAUCCCUCUUGAUGGAGCGUUACAAAAAGUUGCAGAACCUCAGUCCGCCGAAGCACGAGCUAAGGCCCGUUGACUUCACUUGCCUGACGGCGGCGCUCCGGAUGAAGGGCCACCAGGGCAAUCGAUAUGAUCUACACUGACUCCUCUCUGAUUUCUGAUGCCAGUUACCAGCUCUCCACUUUCCACGAACAAGAAGUCGUCGAAAUUGCGUUGUA